CUGCCACAGGCUUCGACCUGAAGAGGGCGGGGCUGGGGCAUCGAUCGCUCGGCGCUCCUCUAGGCUCUCGUCGCGAUCAGCCGAGUCGGGAGUGAUCGAUGCUCCCUGGUGUAGUUCGUGUGAACCAGGCCAGCCGUGGAAUCUUCGCCCUGUCGGAAUCAGUCGUCGCCGGCGAUAAGAAACAGGCCCAUGCAAGCGUCAGACAGGUGCUGAUCAUGUCAGAGGAUCCUAGGGGUCCUACAGAGCCCCUGGUGGGGUCCAACACCCUCUGGAAGGACCUCAGGGUACUCCUGCCUGAUACAGAGGAAGAGCUGAACUUGGAGCUCAGUGAGAAGGUGGACAGGAGCAUGACUAUGCUGCUACAGCAGGCUGUGGGGCUAUUCUAUGCAGGACACUGGCAGGAGUGCCUGCAGGCCAGCGAGGCCAUCCUGGACUUCUCCUGGGAGAAGCUCAACACUGGGCCCUGGCAAGAUGUGGACAAGGAAUGGCGCCGUGUAUACUCCUUCGGCUGCCUGCUGAAGGCCCUGUGCCUGUGCCAGGCACCACAGAAGGCCACUACAGUGGCUGAAGCACUGCGGGUGUGUGACAUGGGCCUAUUGAUGGGGGCAGCAAUACUUGGAGACAUCCUUCUCAAACUCGUCACAGUCCUCCAGUCACACCUACUCCCAGGAAAGCAGCUUGCCUGUGGCCCCCACCAGGAUCAGCCUGCCACCAAGAAGGCGAGGUGUGACUCUAACUCAGCGCCCGGUGUGGUGGUAGAGCGGGCAGUACCCAGGCUUCGCUGCCCAACCCUGCAGUACUUCAGGAAGCACUUUCUAGUCCCUGGGAGGCCUGUGAUCCUGGAAGGUGUGGCUGACCACUGGCCGUGCAUGAAGAAGUGGAGUCUACAGUACAUCCAGGAGAUUGCUGGCUGCCGCACUGUCCCUGUGGAAGUGGGUUCAAGGUACACAGAUGAAGACUGGUCCCAGACCCUCAUGACCGUCAAUGAGUUCAUCCACAAAUACAUCCUGAGCAAGGCAAAGGACAUUGGGUACCUCGCUCAGCACCAGCUAUUCGACCAGAUCCCAGAGUUGAAGCAGGACAUCAGCAUCCCUGAUUACUGUUGCCUGGGUGAUGGGGAAGAGGAAGAAAUCACUAUCAAUGCCUGGUUUGGUCCCCAAGGAACCAUCUCCCCACUGCAUCAUGACCCCCAGCAGAACUUCCUGGUACAGGUGUUAGGAAGGAAGUAUAUCCGGCUGUAUUCCCCACAAGAGUCUGAGGCAGUGUACCCUCACGAGACGCACCUUCUUCAUAACACCAGCCAGGUUGAUGUGGAGAACCCUGACCUAGACAAGUUCCCCAAGUUCUCUGAGGCCCCAUUCCUGUCCUGCGUCCUGUCCCCAGGAGAGACCCUCUUUAUACCUGCUAAGUAUUGGCAUUACGUGCGCUCCUUGGACCUGAGCUUCUCAGUCAGCUUCUGGUGGUCAUAGCCAGGGCCAGAAUGCAAAGGACCUACCGGGCAGACACCUCACCCAGAGGCAGUGAGCCUAGAGGAAGCAGAGGCCCUGGAUGCUGCUAGAUUCCAACAGUCCUGCUCCCCCAGCCACUCUCUGUAAGACUCAUGUGGGGCAUGAGCUGCUGUGUAUUCCUAGGCCAUCUAUAUUAUAGAUGCUUCAUUUCUUUUCUUUGUAACUUAAAUUUUUUUCCAUAACAUAAAUAAAAAUAUUUUCUGAAUGUAAAAAAA